AUGGUUGCAGACAAGGUCAACCUGGCCGACAAUGCAAAGAACGACACGGCACUCACGAUCGUUGCCAGCAUCGGGGGGAAUGAGUAUCCAUGGAGCGACGCACGCGUGUUCGUAUCAAUCGUUAUUGGCGGCCUUCUCUUCACCACUUUCUUCGGCUACGAGUAUCUGCUCGAACCGGGAAAGCUGUUUGCGAGGAAGUUCCCGAAGGUCAGUUCUAUGCUACCCUUGAGCCUGUUCCACAAGAAGGAUACAACUCUGCUCACUAUUGUUGCUCUUUCCUCCGGAGCUUCCCUCUAUGCCGCCUUCUACUUCAUCUCAAUAUAUUGGAACGUCGCAAUGUCAGACUCGCCGUCCGAAGCCGGGAUUCAGCUACUGUACUAUCUUCCAGGUUUAGGGGUUGGCACUGUCCUCGCAAUGUUCCUCUGCAACGCAUAUCCUCGUCAAACAUCCCAUCCUCUACUCGCCAGCGCCAUUAUCGAAGCAGCCGGAAUGGCUGUACUCCCAUGGGCUGUCACCGCGCGCAACGGUGCAGUCGUGAACGGGAUGAUGGCUCUUGCUGGCUGCGGGACCGGUCUUCGUUUCAUGCUCAGUGGCCUUCACAAUGUUGGUAUCUGGCCACUGCGUCUUGCCGCUGCCAUAUCGCUUACCGAUUUUACGAACGAAUUUGGCGGGACGCUGUCGAUUGCCAUCAUGGGUACUGUAUUCAACAGUAAGUGGUCUCAGUAUCUCUCCGACAUCCCGUCCACCACGCUUGGCGGGGCGGGUGAAAAUCUCAGUCCGCGCGAUACACAGAGUCUUGGUGCCAUCAACGCGCUUCCUCUUGAUUUGCAAAACCCUGUGAGACAAGCGGCGGCUAAAGCAGUCAUGUGGGCAUUCAUUUCUAUUUUACCGAUCAUAGCUUUGAGAAUUAUAUCAUCUAUAGGGCUGGGCAACGUCUGGAUCAAUGCGACAACGAGCAAUGAGGACGAAACUGUAGAUGAGAUGUCGAAGGGUUGGGUAAUGUAUGAUUCGUUCCUACUUGCUGCUUGGAGGCGAGAUGUUAAAGUAAGGAAGGUUGCGAAACUGCAGGCUAGGCUGCGGAAUGAUAUCGCGGACGAAAACAAUGCGACGCGACAGGAAGAGAGGCGUACUCAGGCAGUUUGA